AGUUUACGAAGUGCAUAGCAAGAGAUCGGUUAUCGAUCUUGUUAAUUUGUCAAGUUACUUUCUUAGUGAGUGUAUUCUUUCCAAAUUUCGUAAUUAUCACAGUUUGUGGAACUAAGUGUUGUGUUUAGUGAAAUUGCUGUUGAUUUUUGUGUAGGAAACAAUAUCUGUAUUUUGUCAAGAUGGCGCCACUCUCGCUAAAGGUCGUGUUGGACGACGGUGCAGUGACUCGUACGGUCAUGUUCGAGUCCACCAUGCGAGUGGAUGAAGCUCAAGCUAUCGUCCGGGAGAAGGUCCUCACCGCCCACGAUGGAAAAGAUUACGGCCUAUUCCUGACCUCGGCGGAUGAUGAGAAGAGUGGUAUCUGGCUGGAGAGGCACAGACAGCUCGACUACUACAUGCUGCGCGACGGGGAUCAGCUGCAUUAUCUCUCCCGACUCAGGAACCUCAGAGUGCGCAUGUUAGACGGUUCUGUGAAAACUAUGCCUGUGGACGAGUCGAAGACCGUCGAGCAGCUGAUGGUGGGCAUCUGCGGUAGACUCGGCAUCACCAACUACGAUGAAUACGGAUUGUGUCAUACCGGCGAGGAAGACCAGGAUGAAAAUAAGAUAGCUCCCGGGACAGGGACUCUGACGAGGCGCGUCGCUCAACAGCGCGAGAGAGACGCUAAGCUGCAGCAGCUCAGCAAGAAACUUAAGACCGACGAUCAUGUGGACUGGUUGGAUCAGCACAAGACUCUACGUGAGUUGUGCGUGGACCCGAAGAGUACAGUCUUGUUGAAGCGACGACUGUUCUUCUCCGACCGUAAUGUGGACGAGAGGGACCCGGUGCAAUUGAACCUGCUGUACGUGCAGGCCAGGGACGCGAUACUGGAGGGCAGGCAUCCAGUCACUGAGGAUAAAGAGGCCCUAACGACUUAUUUGAAGAUCCCCACUUACCUACCGCGGCGUUGCGUGUGUUUAACGGAUGUAUCAGACUUCUUUCCUGAUGCUUUUGACGUAUAAUUUGAGUGAGAUUGUGGAUAUGCAUAUUAAAAUUUUUGCUUACACAUCUCCGCGUUGGGGACCCAUGCAAUCCGGAAUAUGAUAAAAUUUGGUUGUAAUAAGAUAAGUGAGAUCAUGUGGUUCGUUCUAAGAAAAUCACAAAGUGCGUUCAACACUUUGAGCAUGUGUUGGACCACAAAUACAAAAUACUGUCCAUACUGCAUUUUUUGCAUACGCGGCGCGUUUAAAUAUUUUUUAUAAAAUUUGUUGACUCAAAUAUGAUUUGAGAUUAGUUGAAACUAGCUUGCCUGACAAAUAUUGCGGAUCCUUAUUUACUUCUUCUUUUAUUAAUGGCUUAUCUGCGCAUUUUGCACAAUUCUGCCAAUGUCAAGUAAAUAAAUAAAUUUCUACAUGUAAAAUGAAAAUGAAAUUCAAUGACUUGACAAAUGCAGACUUUGAUUAUAUGUAAGCAUAAAAGAACAUAGAUCAA